UUUCUCCUUUUCACUUACAAGGUUAGCUAACAACCCAGCAACAGAUAGGAAAGCACGACAGAGAAGGCAGUUGAGCAAAAAGAAGUACAGGGCAAAAAGCAGGGGUUAGUUUGUCUCUGGCACAAGGUUAGAUCAUAACCACAUUUCCUGAAAAUUCACAAGGUCCUGGCUAUGGAUCUCAGGACUGAUUCCGAUAUGGGUCUCUGGCCCAUGACCCACAUGAAUUUGUGGAUCUCACCCCUAAAUCAUCCCUAGUGAACAAUCCCGCCCACAGAAGGAGUCGAUAUCCACUGUGAAAGAGAGGAGGCAGGACAGGGUUAACCUCGCCCAGCCUUCCCUCAGGCCCCCAGUGGGGCUGGGGUUUUGUUUUCCUGGCUAAGGGAGGAGAGCUGGGGCACCUAUGGUAACUGGAACUGGAGAGCCUGCUGGCGUUACCAGCCUGCUCGGGGUUUGAGGGAAAGCCUGGAGCAGCAGGGAGAGGAGGGAGAAUGCAGACUUGGAAAGUAGCGAGUGUCUGGUAAUUGCACAAGGUAAAGCCAAGAGCCCUCAGCCUUCCGUGCCAGCAUUUCCCUGGAGGCAAAGGUGUCCGCGGCGGACAGAAAGGGAGGCUUUAAGGCUUUCAGGGUGCUGGCCCUGGGGGCUCGGGCGAUCCGCUGCCCAUCCCCUCCCCCUGCGCCGCAGAGGCUCUGGAUGCUGCCGUACUCCUGCCAUGUGCUGCCGCUCCUAGCUUAGCCGAGCGUGUCUCCGGCUGCAAACUCCGCCGAACAAGCCCGCGCCCUCCCGGGGGGAAGGACACCCAGAAGCAAUGAAAUUUCCAAUCGAGAAUCCAAGGAAACAGGUGAACUGGGAUCCUCAAGUGGCUGUUCCCUCACCAGCGCCAGCUUGUGAACCCAAGCCCAAAACUAACGGGCAUUACCAAGCUCCACGACUCUCCAUUGCCUCCCGAGCCACUGUUGUUGCUACCAUGGAAGCCCCUUCUCAAGGCCUGCAGACAGUCAUGAAGUGGAAAACAGUGGUGGCCAUCUUUGUCGUGGUAGUAGUUUACCUGGUGACGGGAGGACUCGUCUUUCGUGCCCUGGAACAGCCCUUUGAAAGCAAGCAGAAGAACACAAUCGCCCUAGAGAAGGCUGACUUUCUUCGGGAGCACAUUUGUGUAACCCAGCUAGAGCUGGAGACACUGAUUCAGCAUGCUAUUGAUGCUGAUAAUGCAGGAGUCAGUCCCAUAGGAGAUUCCUCUAAUAACAGCAGUCAUUGGGACCUUGGAAGUGCCUUUUUCUUUGCUGGAACAGUCAUCACAACAAUAGGGUAUGGCAACAUUGCCCCAAGCACUGUUGGAGGCAAGGUUUUCUGCAUCUUGUACGCCAUCUUUGGUAUUCCACUAUUUGGCUUCUUGCUGGCUGGGAUUGGAGACCAACUUGGAACCAUCUUUGGGAAGGGUAUUGCAAGGGUGGAAAAAGUUUUCAGAAAAAAACAAGUGAGUCAAACAAAGAUCCGGGUGAUCUCUACUAUCCUCUUCAUCCUGGCAGGCUGCGUUGUCUUUGUGACCAUUCCUGCAGUUAUCUUCAAACACAUCGAGGGAUGGACAGCCUUGGAGUCCAUCUACUUUGUGGUUGUCACUCUGACUACUGUUGGCUUUGGUGACUUUGUAGCAGGAGGAAAUGCUGAUAUCCAUUAUCGGGAGUGGUAUAAACCUUUAGUGUGGUUCUGGAUCCUUGUUGGCCUUGCCUAUUUUGCUGCUGUCCUGAAAAUGAUUGGAGACUGGUUAAGAGUCCUGUCCAAGAAGACAAAAGAAGAGGUUGGAGAAAUAAAAGCCCACGCAGCGGAGUGGAAAGCGAAUGUGACAGCUGAGUUCAGAGAGACACGGAGGCGGCUCAGUGUGGAGAUCCAUGACAAACUUCAGCGGGCAGCCACCAUCCGGAGCAUGGAGCGCAGGCGCCUGGGCCUGGACCAGCGGGCCCACUCUUUAGACAUGCUCUCUCCGGAGAAACGCUCUGUGUUUACUGCCUUGGAAACAGGACGCUUUAAGGCUUCAUCUCAGGAAAGCAUCAACAACAGGCCUAACAACCUGCGCCUUAAAGGGUCAGAUCAGCUAAACAAGCACGGUCAGGGGGCAUCUGAGGACAACAUCAUUAACAAGUUUGGAUCGUCUGCUAAGAUGACUAAAAGGAAAAACAAAGACCUCAAAAAAACCAUCCCUGAGGAUGUGUGUAAAAUUUAUGAGACCUUCCGAAACUACUCCUUGGAUGAAGAAAAAAAGGAAGAGGAGAGUGAGAAGAUGUGUAAUUCUGAGAACUCUUCUAGCACUGCAGUCCUGACCAAUUGCAUGCAGCAGCACUCAGACCUGGAGAAUGGAGUGAUCCCCAACGAAACCAAAGAAAGGGAACAUGAAAACAAAGCAUUACUUGAAGACAGAAGUUAAAUGUAAAAGAUGCUUGACUUGAAUUAACAAUGUUAGUGUUUUUAUAUACAUAUAUAUAUUGAGACACGUGCCUUAUAUAGACUUCUUAUUCAGUCUGAAUUAUAGAAUCGUAGAGUCAUAGAAUAGUUGGAGUUGGAGGGGACAUUAAAGAUCAUCUAGUUCCAACCCCCCUGUCAUGAACAGGGACAUCCCAAUAAAUUCGGCUGCUCAAGGCCCCAUCCAGCCUGGCUUUGAACACCGCCAGGGAUGGGGCAUCCACAACUUCCCUUGGCAGCCUGUUCCAGUGUCUCACUGCUCUCAUGGUGAAGAAAUUCUUCCUAAUGUCUAGUCUAAACCUGUCCCUCUCCAGUUUAUACCCAUUACCCCUCGUCCUAUCACCACAAGCCUUUACGAAUAGUCACUCCUCAGCUUUCCUGUAGCCCCUUCAGGUACUGGAAGGUCACUAUAAGAUCUGCUCAGAGUCUUCUCUUCUCCAGGCUGAACAACCCCAAUCUCAGCCUGUCCUCGUAGGGAAGGUGCUCUAACCCUCCGAUCAUCUUUGUAGCUCUCAUCUGGACCCAUUCCAACAGCUCCAUAUGCUUCUUAUAUUGAGGAUUCCAGAACUGGACACAGUAUUCCAGAUGAGGUCUCACAAGAGAGGAAUAAAGGGGUAGAAUCACUUCCCUCAACCUGCUGGCCACGCUUCUUUUGAUGCAGCCCAUAAUACAGUUGGCCUUCUGGGCUGCGAGUGCACAUUGCCAGUUCAUGUCGAGCUUCUCGUCGACCAGCACCCCCAAGUCCUUCUCUGCAGGGCUGCUCUCAAUCACAUCAUCUCCCAUCGUGUACUGAAAAUAGGGAUUGCCCCGACCCAAGUGUAGGACGUUACACUUGGCCUUGUUGAACCUCAUGAGAUUCUCAGAGGCCCACUUCUCCAGUCUGUCCAGGUCCCUCUGGAUGACAUCCCGUCCUUCUGUUGUGGCAACUAUACUGCUCAUCUUGGUGUCAUCUGCAAACUUGCUGAGGGUGCACUCAAUCUCGCUGUCAAUAUCAUUGAUAAAGUUAUUGAACAGCAUCGGUCCCAGUAUGGACCCCUGAGGGACACCAUUCAUCACGGAUCUCCAUCUGGACUUUGAGCCAUUGACCACUACUCUUUGAAUACGACCAUCUAAGCAGUUUCUUAUCCACCAUACUGUCCAUCCAUCAAAUCAAUAUCUCUCCAAUUUAGAGAGAAAGAUGUUGUGGGGGACUGUGUCAAAGGCUUUACAGACGUCUGGGUAGAAUACAUCUGUUGGUUUACCCAUGUCAGCUGCUGUACUUACUCCAUCAUAGAAAGCCACUAAGUUGGGCAGACAGGACUUGCCCCUCGUGAAGCUGUGCUGGCUGCCAUUAAUUGCCUUCUUAUCCUCCAUGUUCUUAGAAUAGCUUCUAGGAGGAUCUGUUCCAUGAUCUUCCCAGGCACAGAGGUGAGGCUGACAGGUCAGUAGUUCUCAGGGUCGUUGUUUCUACCCUUUUUAGAAAUGGGCACAACAUUACUCUUUUUCCAGUCACCAGAGACUUCUCGUUGCCAUGACUUUUCAGAUAUCAUGGAGAGUGGCUUGGCAACCACAUCUGCCAAUUCCCUCAGGCCUCUGGGAUGCAUCUCAUCAGGUCCCAUGCACUUAUAUAUGUUCAGGUUCCUCAAGUGUUUGUGAACCUGAUCCUCCUCUACUGUGGGAGGGGGUCUACCCCCCUGGUCACCAUCUUGCUGUCCCAUGACCCAGGAGAGAGAGCAGUUAUCAGCGAAGACUGAGGCAAAAAAUUAAGUACCUCGGCCUGCUCCUCAUCUGUUGAUACGUGAUCCCCAUGUCCAACGAUCAGUGGGGGUACGUUCUCUUUGACCUUCAAGAGAAUGUAUUAUAUAGCAUCGAAGAAUAUUUCACUGUGCCAUAAAGACUCAAGCUUGCUCUGCCAAAACAAAUCAGGAACACAACACUGCAGAAUGGCAACAGAAAGCUACGCACAUGGAAAUUUCAACCUGUAUAAGAUUACCAAGAGAAGACACAAAGGAAGAGACUAAACUAUGGCAAUAUCACCGGAGUGCUCGUACCAUGGCAUAGUAUUAGACAAAGGGCAGCUAUGUAAGAAGAGCCUUGGAAAGGGAUGAAAAAGUGUGUAUCUUUGUAAUAGAGUAUGCAUCCAUAAAGCCUUCCCCAGUGAUUAAAAAGAGGAGAAAUUAUUGGAGUGAAACUAGAAACUUUCACUGAGGCUUAGUUUAUGUUUUGGCACGUGAUCCAAGCUAGAUUUUUUUUUUCCAUUUUUGAAUCAGAUGCAUUAUGUUUCUAAACUCCAAAAGAAUGUCCAUGGACACAGCCACCAGCUGGGUGCUGCUUUGAAAAAUCAACACAGUCGUAUUAAGGGUCGGAUUUCUCUUUUCAUUAAAAAAAUAAAAACAAACAAAAAAAACCCACACUCUGUCACUAUUUCUCUUAACCAGUGACAAAAAAAAAGAAAAAAGGAAAAGAAACAAGUGGAUUUUUUUUUUCUUGUCUAGGAAAUAUUCAAUGUAAAGUCACAGCAAGAAAGUGCAUAUGAAGAAAAUGCAACAUCUUGUGCUAUGUUAUUUAAAAGAAAAGAAACAUUAAUUUAAUGAAAUUUGGCUAGGUGUAUGAAACAGUGGGACAACUGAUACUUUGAAAUAAUUUCUCCUUCACAAUUUCUACCACUGAAAGAAAAGCCCUUCAAUUUUAAUGCUGUAACAUUAUGAAGACAGAAGGAAAGCUCUAGCUUUUGCAUGUCAGCAAACUGCUGUUCUCUGUAGCUGAAUCUGAUUUUUUAAAAAUAGACAUAAGAGCAUAUAUGCUAUUCAGAUGAGGGCCAGGGCAACCACAGAAUCUCAGGGCUCUCUGCUCCUUUUGCUGGGUUUGGGUUUAGUCAUAAGCUGCAAUCAAAUCUCAGAAAAAAAAAAAAAGGAAUUUAGGAAAAGAAGUUGAGAAAAAUCUGGUGGUAAUUUUUUAAGUGCUUAUAGCUUUAAGUGCCAUUAAUGCUAUCAUAUUUUGUAACUUUUAAACAAGUAUUUUUAAUUAUUUGUUUUAUUUCCUUUCAGGUACUAUCUUUGUUUGACAUUUGCUAUCUCUUUUCUUGAUAAAAUCUAAACAUGAGCUCUCUGCAUUUCUAGACUGAAGUGAAAUGUAACCGAACUGUGGGCAUUUUUAAAAUAUUUUUUGUGGUGUCUGGACAUGUGGAUAUAAGAAGUACAAGUGUCCCUAGACUUAAUAGUAAAUAUUCAAAGAAAAGGCUGCAAAAUAAUUAAUGAGAAUUGCAAAGCACACUGUAUUUUUGUAGCCUCAGCCUAUGGGCUGCUCAGUUUGCCAUUGCAGACAGAAGAUUUUGCAUGCUGGAAAUGAGGUAGAGAUGAUUGCACCAGCAGUGCUUUCCCUGCUCCUUCACUAAAUCCUAAAUAUUCCUGCAACUGAAACUGUAGGCUUAUAGGUAAAAUAAGCAUGAGUGGAGAUGCCAGAGAUAUAUUGAGUCUUGCAGUCUACUCAAACAUACAGACACUUGCGGGUCACACAGGCACAGACUUUUGGAACUGCAUGCCCUUGUCUGCAAACACAAAAAUGCAUGCUUUGUUUUCUGUGAUAGUUUCUGAGGUUUUAUGCACAAGGAGCCAGCUCAAAAUCUAACUGGUCACCAGAACACGUUUGCCAUGACUACGAGUAGAAGCAUGGCAAUGCAAAUGCAAAUUUCAAGUAUGCAUAUUUGCAUAUCUAAUUGACUCUGCAGGAUUUGUAGGAGUGAGCCAAAUUCCACUAGUGCAGAAGAGGAAAGAGGUUCUUGGCGUGUUCUGUCUGCUGAUUCACUUCACUUGAAACAUCAUAUCAUCUUUUUAACUUCAUCAUCUGUCUGAAAAUUAAGGACAAAAAAAUCCCAAUUUCAGGUCAUGUGGGAUUGCUUUAACUCAAUAAGAUCCAAUAGAAAUUGAUAGAAAUUGAAUUCUGCUUAGUUUGCCAAUGUAUCUCUUAAGGUACAGGGCUCCACACUGGCUUUAGCUUACUGGGGGUAGGGCAGUAAGCCCAGUUCCUAGGAGAAGUUUCAUCUGCCUCAGUAGCUACUGUGGCAUUUAGAGGCUUUUGUGAAAUGUGGCCCUGUGCUUGGAUUCACUGUGAUGUCUUCAGAUCCUAUCCUUCUCAAGCCACAGGCAGACACCAGCAAGAUACAGAUCUGUUCUAUCUUUAGUCCUUCAGGCCUCCUGCUCCUGAUUAUGGGCAGGUCUGGAAUUAAUUCAGCCUUGAGUGCCACAUGUGUGCAAAUCUUCUGAAGUCUCAGUCACAAAUACAGUGAUUCAUGUUGUGCUAAUUUUGUAGUGCCAGGAUGGAUGAAGCAUGCUUAGAUGUACUAAGGUUUUAUGUUGUUCAGAUCUGGGGUUUUACUGUGGUCUAGUUGGACGUUAGGAGUGAAAAGCUAUGAUGUAAAUUUGCAUUUGAAUUCCAGAGAAGGUUCAGAAGUGCUCAGACAUGCAACUUGUGUCCUUGGAAUUAAAUUACUGCCUGGUUACACUGUCCUGCACUUCGUUUAUAUGAAGGAUCACAAACCACACAAAACCAUCUCAUCACACAGAUUGUGCUAAGAAUUCUCCUUGGUUUCCAAAUGCUAAAACCAACACCAUGCAUGCUGUGUUCCUCAGCUGAAUUCUUCUCCAAGAAACGAUUGCCUGUAAUGGAAAAGUCCUGCACAGAUGCACAGGCAGCUGUAAGGAUAUGGGAGAUGCAUUUCCUGUGUGAGAAAUAUGAGGCUUAGUUGAAUCUAGAGUAUUUCUGCUAAUUAGGGUCAGGGAAAGCAAAAGUGUGUCUUGUAGGACUUGUCUGUGUGAGUAGGGAGUUGGACAGCAGGCAAGUAAUGGAAAACAGGUCAAUGUGAAUGAAGUGACUGAGAUGGCCAAAUUCAGAACGUUUUGCUCUGAUGAGAUAGAAGACAAUGAAAUCUUGACAUGUUUUUAUUCUAAGCUUUUUGAGUUCUCAGUCUGUCUCCUGUCCAGAUUCUAGCUGAUUAUGUGUGUGUGCAUUUGUGACUCUCUUUUCUGCCCGGACAUGACAUGCAGGAGUACUGGGCUGGCAUUUUAUCAGCUGUGUCUUCAGCAACUCCUGAUUUAGGACAUGAUAGUUUCAGGGGCAAAGGGCGAUGCUGAAUAAACUCCCAGAGAUGCUGAAGAAAGCAUUUGAUGACCUUUUAUAUGGAAGCAAAACUCUCUCUUUCAUUCCUGUCCGUUUCUAUGUCUGUGAAACUUGCUGAGAAAGCUGCCAGUCUGCUACUGGAGUAAAUAUUUUCUCCUAUAUGAUUAUAGGUACCUUAGUAUACAUAUUUUCUAUAUGUAUACUUUUCUAUACUUUCAUAUUUCUAAUAUGGGAAGAGCAAAUGGUAUAUCACAUAGGAGCCAGACAGAAAUAUCUGACAACUAAUAUGAUAUUUUAAUGUCCUAAAUUGCUUCUCCCCUUCUAAAGUUGUACACAACAACCUGGGAGAGUAUCUUGGUUCGAACAUCAAGUAUUUUUACGGGCAAAGUUCUUAUUCUUCGGCAUUUAAGAAUACUUGUUGUUUCUAGUCAAGCCGUUCCACCAUUAUUGAAAGUUUUAUCAAAAAGUAGUCUGAACUAUAUCCAAAACUCGUUGCUGUAAAUUACACCCUUUCACAGCAGCCUGAAAAUGAAAGUCUAACAAAAGGGUGACUUACUGACUUUUAACUCUCAGAUCUUGCCCUGAGCACAUUACUUGACAUGGGAAUUGGGACCUGAAAGAACGAAGGAAACAUGGAUUUUCUAUAGCUGCAGCCCUCACACAAAGAGGACGACUCAGCUGUUUUCCUACAGCUUUCAGCUCUGCAGUCCCACUUUCUACUGUCUUGUGCUGGAGAAUUGUGGCGUGCUCCUUUGCAGAUCCUCCUGAACCAUUAACCAUCACUAAACUUGUGCAGAUUUUGCAUGAGUGGUUUUUAAAAGAUUUGCAACUUCAUCCAUGUGGCAAUCUGUGAAUUUUGUUAUCCUUCAAUGGGGAACAUUAUUCCUAAUAGGUAUCAAUAGAAAUAAUAGUAAAUAAAAAUUACAGUGAUUUAUAUUAAUGAAAUCUGAUUUUGGUUGUUGCUGUGAAAUUAUAAAUCAUCUGAGCUUCUGCUGUCUGACUUUAUGUCUCUAGUACCAGUCUGCUUCUUCCAAAGACAUAAGUGUGUUACGCCAGAGACUUUCUGCAAAACUCUAAUCCACAAUAAAUGGAAGUUCGUCUGUGAGUUCAGGAUGUUAAAACCCCUACCCUUAAAGACCUUGCAUUUUCCUGAAUAAUUUGUGUUUAUGCUGUACAUGGGCUGUUUGUUUGCCAGCUUUGGUUUUCUCAGGGGCUUACUUGUCUUGUCAGGUUGCAUGAUGUCUGCUAGCCUCACUUGUCCCAUCAACCACUAAAAAUAAAUAACAGGCGAAGACCAAGCUUUAUGUUAUGUUGCGUACUAACCUUGAACAAGAAGUCUUCUACUAAACAGAUAUGAAUUUGAAAGGUGGCUUGGAACUGCUCCAGUCCUUCCGGUAUAUUUAUUUUUUCUGAAUUAUGUUUUGUCUAAUCUAAGUCCAAAAUCUCCCCUCACUGGGCGAGUGCAGUAAGGUUGAGCUAGCUUGUUAUUUUUAAGCUUUUUAGAGCAAAGACUUGCUAUUUUAACUCAUCUCUACAGUGCCAUUUAUACUUACUGGGAUGGCAUUAUAUCAAUACUAAAUACAAAUAAGCCCAGAUUCAGAAACAGUUCCCUGGGCAAUUAAAUGUCAAUGAAAACACAAAGCAAAUCAACAGAAAUCUAUGAAACUCAAAUAAAGGCUUGCAGAUUAAUGUAUGAAACUAGAUCUGAAAAUUCCUUUGAGUUGCCUGAUUCUCCCCAGCGUGUCCAUCUCCUUUAUUACCAGUAGCAGAUACUCUUCUCAAUACUGUUGCUGAGCUGGACUGUAUUUUUUUUUCUACUGCAGUGCAACUGAAGUACAUAAUGAUGUUAGAGUCUGUUGACUCAUGCUAUUGAAAUCAGACAUUGAGAAAGCAGUUACAAAAGCUAAUUUGGGGGUGUCAGGAUGUAGUCAGCACAUGCUCUAUAAGCUGGAUCAUGCUGUUUUGGGGUCACUCUAAAGGCAGGGCUUAUCCACAAUACUGGUGAGUUUUCAGGAACCAGUUGGAAAAAAGGUCCCAGGAGGCACAUACACAUGCCCAGCCUUCACACAGCACAGGUAAUCAGUUCCUACACACAUCCUUUGUGCUGAUACCUCCCCGCUCCCUGCAGGUAGAUGUGAACUUCUGGGCUCCCUUAUCUCUGCUUACAGGUCACAGCUGAGCUGGGUCUUAUCAUCAGGAAAUACCAGGGCUGCUGCUUUCAGGGGAAAAUUUCUCUAGCAGGUGGCCUUUUGAGGCAAAUAGGAUCUGCUUUCCUUGGCUGAACUCCUUGACAGCAAAUCACAGGCAGGUGAUAUUUGGCAUGCGAGAGAGAAUACUUGAGUUUCCCAAAUAUAUUCCACCCCCACACUCUUCUUUCUUUGUGAGAGCUGGGUGCUUAAAUAGGAAAGCUUAGAGUGCCUAUUGUGAGAUGUAAGCCAAACAUACCAGGUUUCAGCCUAGCAUUUAACAGUUUCUCAGAUCCUGGAUUCAUCUAGUAGUUAUACUUAGAAAAAGGAAGGAUUUGUACCUGGAUCACAGCUUUGUAACAAUUUUAAGUUCUUCAGGCCUGUGUUUCAAUGGUUUCAAACUGAUUUUUUUCCAAGUUCUAAUAGAAUUUCAUCUGGACUUUGUGGAAGGGGCUAAGAAAUCAUUAUUAGUAAUUUUCAGCCUUGCAUGAAAAAGAAAUUUCUUAAAAUUAGGGGAAAUAUUUCAGUGGGAUGCUGAUCUACUGUUUUUCCUGAUCAACAUCAAAUUAUAGUAUAAGCAAUAGGUAAUCCACUUGCAGGACAUUCUGUCUGCUUUCUUGUCUCUGUCCCUCUUUCUAUCUCUCUGUAAGAUUUUAUGGUGCUUUAGAAAGGCAUUUUCAGAAAAGGGAUGAUUUAAUAAUUUAACAGGGUACUGAGCAGAAUGUGCUUGUACCAUCUUGAUAAGUUUUGCUGCUAUUGUCCUUAUUUUAUGAUGUAAUGUUUUACAAAGAUGGAAAAAAAAAUUGCAACAAAG